AUGGCACUAAGAAUAUUAAGCUCACGAAUAGUGCGCCAAACAGGCGUAUCGCUCUUCAAAGUGGAACAAGUUAUCGAUUUUGGAAUGCAUAACUUCAAACAGUUUAUUCUUAGUAAAUCCCAUUGGAAUCCAACCACCAACGCAUCUGUAAGCUUGCACCACGCGCAAUCAGGCUCGUGGAAAGCAGCCAGUGCCAGCGAGCCGCAUUUAGUUGACUCUAACCGGGGCUCUAAGAUAGUGGCAUCUUAUCAGCCGGAGGCUACGCGAGAGCGACAUCACCUCAUAGUUGAAUCAGCUGAUGAACAACGGUUUGAAUUCCCACUGAUUUGGCUACGCGAUAACUGCCAGUGUGCGGAAUGCUUUCAUCCGAAAUCCUACAGUCGCAUCCUGAACUGGGAGUUGUUCAAAGUGGAUGCAGUAGCACAGCUGCGAGAGAUUGUUUUGACCGAGAAUGGAAACAAACUGGAGAUCAUUUGGAGUGAUGGUCAUCGAUCACAGUAUGGAAGUGAGUGGUUGCUGAAAAGAAGUUUCGAUAACGACAGCAAACAAGAAUAUCUGAAUGAGUGGUACAGACCCCGACCAACGCUGUGGAAUAAGCACAGGUUUGGGGAGAUUUUGGAGAACUUCGAGUUCAAGGAUGUGAUUAAUAGUGAUGAGGCGUUGCUGGCGUGGAUCGAAUGUUUGAUAAAGUAUGGAGUUGUAAUGAUUCGAAAUACACCACUGGCGGAGACCGAAGCCAGGAAGUUGGUGGAACGGGUGGGAUUUAUUCGGAAAACUCACUAUGGUGAGGAAUACAUCAUCAAAGCCAAAGAGGGAACCAGUAACGUGGCCUAUCUGUCGGCACCGCUGCAGAUGCAUACCGAUUUACCGUACUACGACUACCUCCCGGGCUGUAACCUGCUGCACUGCUUGGUCCAAUCGGAGUCCCAAGGAGGACGUAAUCUACUCUGCGACGCAUUUUACGUUGCAGAGUUAAUGCGCGAAAAGCAUCCAAAAGAAUUUAAAAUUUUGAGUGAAACACUGGUCAACUGGACCGAUGUCGGUGAGGAUGAGGGUAGGGAGUUUCAUAGCAUUUAUCGAGCGCCGGUAAUUUGCAUCGGACGAGAUGGUAACCUUGAGCGCAUUAAUCACAGCGUCCCGCAGAGAGACAGUUUCUUCAAUGUACCCCUGGCCAGCGUGGAACCCUGGUACCGGGCACUGGAACUCUUCGUCGGACUCAUCCACCGGGAAGCAGUACAGUUUAAAACUGUCCCCGGAAAUAUACUUACCUUCAGCAAUGUCCGCAUGCUUCAUGGGCGCUCCGGCUACACGGAUACCGUCGCCAAUACGAGACACAUCGUCGGAGCGUUUCUUGAUUGGGACGAAAUCUACUCGAAGUGGAGAGUUUUGAAAGCCAAGACAAAGAAAUAGGGAUGUGAGAAGAAACAGACAGAAGGGGGGGAUAAUUUUUUCAAGCAAUUUAUUCUUUAUAUUUCUUGACA